AUGGAAUUCCCCCGUCUGAUGUCUAGCUGCCUUAGUAAUAGCUACUGGACUGACUUCAACGACCGUCUGUACACAUGCGCUGACGUCGUGAGAAUUGAGCAAAGUAUCGCUGAUGGCAACACAACCUGGAGAUGCCGCUACUUCGGCGACUCCCCCAACUUAAUCCUUACUACGCCACCGAGCGGUGCCUACCACACUGCUGAUCUCUAUCCGUUGUUUGACAACGUUAACCAAACCUUGCUCGCUAGUACUCCAGCUGAAGUCGCUGUUGGAAACUAUCUCCGUGAGGUCUGGUCCAGCUUUGCCAAGAACCCCCAGCACGGUCUUGAUGCUUUCUGGCCUCAGUACAACGCGUCCGAGAAGACCUUGGCUCGUACUGUUUUCAACAAUGAGACAAUCAGCUUGGCGCUGGGUAACAUGUAUGAUCAUGUUUGUCGCUGGGCUUAUGAUGGUGUCAGUGACCCAGCCCCCCUGUAA